AUGUCCUCGAUAAAUAUGCUGCUUGAUAGUUCGGUGGAGUUGGGGGGAGCGGUGAGUGCGGAGAAUCACGUGGCGCAGUCGAAUUCAGGGUCGGGACUGGGGCAAAACCAAACGGUGAAUGCUACACCUACACCUCCCGUUGCUGUCGUACGGCAUACAUCGCCCACCAAUCCCUCGCAAUUAAGGCAGUCUUCUGCCCCCGCACAGGAUGAGGAGAUGGCCGAUGUUUCGGCACCUGCUACGCCCGUCUCGGCGUCUACAUCUAUAAACGGGACUGGUAUUGGUACUGGCUCAAUGCAACCUCCAAAAGCAUUAAUCCCAGCAAAACGCUCCGCAUCCUCGACUUUCGUACCUCGUCUCCCGGGCCAACCUCCCUCAGACCUCGAUCUCUCCUCACUCCCAGACCGUCCAAACAUCUCCAUCGAUAUCUCUCUCAACCCGCAGAAAGAUGGGGAAGCGGUACAAGUCAACUUUGCCCAACUCGCGGAAAAGACAUAUGGAUGGGCCGCGGUGCACCCCGUCGCCGCAGCCACCCUCGCACGUCUCCAAGCGGAAAAAUUGGCCGAAAUGUCAAGCGACGACGAAGCCGCCGACGACGACUCCGACGACGAGGAAACCGCCGCAUCCGGUGCCGACGGCCCCGGUGGUCCAGAAAAAGAUUCGGCGGCGAAGAUGAAGAGGAAGUAUGAUACUGGAGGCGUAUAUGACCUCAAAGACGAUUUCAUUGACGACUCGGAGAUUUUGUUGGAGGAAAUGGCUGCGGCGCAUAAGGAUGGGUUUUUCGUGUAUAGUGGGCCGCUUGUGCAACAGGGCGAGAAAAUCAGGAUUGAGAGACCCGACGGAACGGCCAAACGCGGUAGAGGCGGACGUGGGCGCGGAAGAGGAGCUGGGACGGCGAGGGGUGGACGUACGACAAGUGCGGCGGCGAGCACGGCUGCUGCAUCGCCUGCUCCGACUCCUGCUGCUGCUCUCACUACUACUGGGACCACCGGUGCUGGCACCGCUGCGGGUACUGUGACUGCAUCGCCUGCUCCUGCAACACCCGUCAGAGGACGUGGACGUGGUGGGAGACCUCGUGGCUCAGGGAGGGGCGGAGCGAGGGGUGGGUCGGCUACGGCGGCUGCUACGCCUACUGGUGCCGUUACUCCUGCUGCUCCCUCGUUCUCGUCAGAUCCCCCUCUCGCUAUUGCUGCACCUCCCACGCCGUUUCCAGCUACCACUACCGUCGCAGCUGUCCCGGAAACACCGACAGCAACAAUCAAGGACACCACAGCUGAAACCGCAGCGCCCACCCCCACCCCGAUCACGAAAGCGGCCGAGUCGACCUCGACGGCCGCAGCGGAAGAGCUGUCGAAAGAACAAUUAGAAGCACAAAGGAGGGAAAAGCGGAAUGAAUAUCAGAGAAAACGGAGGCAGAUGCUCAAGGAGCAGGAAGCGGCGGCGGCAGCGGCAGCUGAGGGUGGGGCUACGCCGGGGAAGGGUGGGACGCCUGUACCGGCUGGUACGGCGACGCCCGCGGCUACGACGGGAGGUAUGGGCACGCCGGUACAAGCGCCGGGGUCAGCUGCUGGAGCACCGGCGGGACCGAGUGAGGCAGCUAUUGCUGCUGCGGCGGCGUUGCAGGCACGGUAUGCGGUUCAGGUUAAUGGGGGGACCAAGAUGAAUACUAGUCAGUGA